AUGUCAGAACCAAUUCUAGCGAUUUCACGCCCUAAGAGAUCCUUGCACAUUUCAAAACACCUCGAAGAUUAUCAAUCGGAUUCUGAGGAAGAGGUAGAGGGUUCUGAAGAACCGUUAAUAGGGGUGUCGCAUACCAGUGACCGCAACGCAAAUUCGAUUGUGACCCCUGGCGAAUUGAUAACAGACGAUCCGAUAUGGAUGAAGGGACAUGGUGUUUAUUUCUUAGACAACAUGACUUAUUCGGCCAUGGCCGGCAACAUUUCGAGGGUCAACCGAUUGCUCAGUGUUGUACCAUUGCGAGGAAGGUAUGAGCCUGAAACAGGUGAUCAUGUCGUUGGCCGUAUAACAGAGGUUGGUCAAAAAAGAUGGAAAGUAAAUAUUGGGGCAAAGCAAGAUGCUGUGUUGAUGCUUGGGUCUGUGAACUUACCCGGAGGGAUUUUGAGACGAAAAUCUGAAAGCGAUGAAUUGCAAAUGAGAUCAUUUUUGAAGGAAGGAGACUUACUUAAUGCCGAAGUUCAGACUAUUUUUAAUAACGGAAUGGCUUCAUUGCACACAAGGUCUUUGAAGUAUGGCAAGUUGAGAAAUGGCGUUUUUUUGCUGGUGCCCUCCAGUUUAAUUAUCAAGCAGAAGAAUCACUCUUUUGACUUGCCGGGAAAUGUGAGUAUUGUCGUUGGUAUGAAUGGAUUUAUUUGGUUGAGUAAAACGAUCAAAUCAAAAAAUCAUGAAGGCACUAGCAGGUUGUCCUCUGGCAAUCAUAACGACUACACCCCUGGAGAUGGAAACAUGGCCAUAACAAGAUUAGAGGAAGGAUCAUCAUGGGAAAUCUAUAGCGACAGGAAUGAUGCUAACAUUGAUAGGAACGUGAGGGGUACGAUUCUGCGUUAUUAUAAUGUGAUAAAGGCAUUAGCCUCUUGUGAACUAGGAAUCACAGAGCCAAGAAUCAGAAUGGGCUAUGAAGAGAGCAUGCUUUAUUCUGAUCAAGGUGAGUUGAUUGACGGAGCAUCACAGAAAAACAUCUGCCAGAGUAUUAUCAACAACGAGAAAAUGAGAGGAGUCGCUAGUGGAUUAGUGAUGGAUUGA